UGCUCGCCGCACGGUUGGCAGCAGUGUCGACUAUUGCAAAUGGUGGAUUGCGUUACUUUUUCUCGUGCUCCGUGUAAAAUAUUUACGUAAAAUAGUGUUAAUUUCGUGGUGCAGUGUUUCUGACUAAUAUAAACAUGUCGGAAACACUGCCGAAUAACAAAAAACAAGUUCCAAGACAGCUGCGUGAACGGAAGCAACGCAAGCUUUACUCUGAUGAGUGGGCCCUGGGCGAUGAUGAAGCUGAAGGUGGCCGGGGCUUCUCUCUGGCUGACAAGCUGGAGAGCCCUAGAUUUGAGCACUCCGGUGCUGUUCUGGAGAUGCAUGGAGCUGACCUGACUGUGUCCUACCUCCAGAAGAAUGGAUUUACAACUCCACUGCUUUUCAAGGAUAAGAACGGAUUGGGACUAAGGGUCCCAACAAGUAACUUCACGGUGAACGAUGUGCGGAUGUGUGUCGGCUCCCGACGCAUGCUCGAUGUCAUGGACGUCAACACACAGAAGAAUAUCGAGAUGAACAUGAAGGAUUGGCAGCGUUACUACGAUGAUCCUAACAAAGAGCGUCUGCUGAACGUGAUCUCGCUGGAGUUCUCCCACACGCGGCUAGAGAACUACGUCCAGGCGCCUCGCAUUGUGCGCCUCAUUGACUGGGUCGACACCGUCUGGCCUCGCCAUCUUAAGGAUCAGCAGACUGAGUCAACCAAUGCCCUGGACGAUAUGAUGUAUCCCAAAGUGCAGAAGUACUGCCUGAUGUCUGUAAAAGGCUGCUACACAGAUUUCCACAUCGAUUUUGGAGGUACCUCUGUCUGGUACCAUAUUUUGAGAGGCGCGAAAGUGUUCUGGUUAAUCCCGCCCACUGAGAAAAACUUGCAGCUAUAUGAAAAGUGGGUGUUGUCUGGCAAACAGUCUGAUGUCUUCUUCGGAGAUACGGUCGAGAAGUGCAUCAGAGUUCAUUUGCAAGCCGGGCACACGUUCUUCAUCCCGACCGGUUGGAUCCACGCUGUGUACACUCCGAGCGAUUCCCUCGUGUUCGGCGGUAACUUCCUGCAUCAGUUCGGUAUUGAGAAGCAGCUGAAGAUAGCCCAAGUUGAAGAUGUUACCAAGGUGCCUCAAAAGUUCCGCUACCCAUUCUUCACGGAGAUGCUGUGGUAUGUCCUGGACCGCUACGUGACCGCGCUACUCGGUCGCUCGCACCUCGCCCCCGAGGGACAGUCCUCCAUCACUCCGCCGAAGGAACAUGUGCAUCUCACGCAGAAUGAACUGCACGGACUUAAGGCUAUAGUGAUGUAUCUGCACCAGCUACCGGCGGCGCGCAAGUCAGUCCCGGAGCUACUGUCGGACCCCAUCGCGUUAGUGAAGGACGUGCGCACGCUGGUGGAACAACACAGGCACGAUAAACAACAACUCGCUAUCACUGGAGUGCCUGUGCUCAAAGGCCCGGACGACGUGGUGACGACGGAGCGGCGGCAGUCGAGCGGGCGCGGCGGGCGGGGCGGCGUGCACCGCGGCGGGCCCGCGCGGCCCCGCCCCGACCACGCCAACAACGCGCCGCGCAGGAGGCGCACGCGCUGUAAGAAGUGCGAGGCGUGCCAACGCACGGACUGCGGCGAGUGUGUGUUCUGCCACGACAUGGUCAAGUUUGGGGGACUCGGCAGAGCCAAGCAAACUUGUGUCAUGCGACAGUGUUUACAGCCAAUGCUCCCAGUCACAGCAUCUUGUGCAGUCUGCCACCUCGACGGUUGGAUGCAGACACCAGUCGCGCCACAAGCAAAGGGCAACAAUGGUCGCAACGGUCCAUCCACGCUCCGCGAGUGUUCAGUGUGCUACAGUAUCGUGCACCCGGCCUGCGUGCCGCCCGGCGGACAGAUCAACGAGGACCUGCCCAACUCCUGGGAGUGUCCCACCUGUACCACCAUGGGGCUUAACCAUGAUUACAAGCCUCGCCAUUUCCGCGCACGCCAGAAAUCAUCGGACCUCAGGCGAAUGAGUGUAGGCUCCGAUGUUGGACAGUUAAAUCACAGCAUGCAGAAUAAAACGCCGGCUCCUACGACACAAUCGCAGCUGAAGUCCGAGGCUGGGUCUGACAAUGAAAGCAAGAGCGAUGUUCCACAUAUCAAGUCGGAGGAAGAAAUAAAACGUGAGGAAGAAGGUAACCCUGGCCCGGAAGGCGAGGGCUGGGAGCCGCCUCUAAAGAAGCGACGCGCCAGUGACGAGGACGAGGCGCCGAAGAAACAGGCGCUCCGGGCACAUCUAGCACUGCAGCUCACACACCACUCCGCUAAGAUAAUGAAGAAGCCAAUGUACCCGAUCCGUCCGGCGCCGAGUAUGGGCGUGGCGUGCAACCCGGCCGGGUCGCCGUGGCUGGACCGCGAGGCCAUGCUCUGCGUCUUCGCCAAGCUCACGCCGCACGAACUCGCCACCUGCGCACUCGUCUGCAAGGCGUGGGCUGAGUACUCGAUGGAUCCUUCUUUAUGGCGCAGUAUGUCGUUCGUGCAAGUCCGUGUAUCUGCCGCCCAGCUGGCUGGUAUCGCCAGGAGACAACCCUUGUCUCUGGGCCUCGAGUGGUGCCAUCUAGCUAGGAGACAGCUCGCAUGGUUAUUGGCUAGACUGCCAGCAUUGCGUUCACUAUCGCUGGCCGGGUCUCCGGCCGAGGCAGCGCUGGCACUAAGGUCAGGCGCGUGUCCCCCACUGUCGGCGUUGGACCUAUCGUUCGCGCGUGCACUAGACGACGCCAAGCUGCGCGGCAUCCUGGCGCCGCCCGAGUCGUGUCGGCCGGGCGGGGACACGACGCGCGCCGAGCCCAGCCGCCUCGCCGCGCUCGCAGUGCUACGUCUGCCCGGGACUGACAUCACUGACGUCGCUAUGCGAUAUGUAGUGCAGGCUCUCCCCCGGUUAGUGGAGCUGGACGCGUCGUCGUGCGCGCGGCUGACGGACGCGGGCGCGGCGCAGCUGGCGCACCACGGCCUGCAGCGGCUGUCGCUGGCCGGCUGCAGGCUGCUCACCGAGGCUGCGCUGGACCAUCUGGCGCGCUGCCCCAACCUUGUCAGACUGGAUCUCCGACAUGUGCCUCUGGUAUCAACGCAGGCGGUGAUCAAGUUCGCAGCCAAGUCGAAGCACAACCUGCACGUGAAGGACGUGAAGCUGGUGGAGCUGCGGAAGACCUGAUCCGAGGACUCGCCGGCCUCGCCGCCGGACGACGCGGCCCCGGACGCGCCGCCCGACGCCUGAGCCAGGACUGCUCGCAUGGUAUCUACCACACAUACACCUCGGUUAAAGCGACAACAUUGUUCAUACUUUAAGUUGCACAUUCUAGUCUAGUUCUACAUCAUCGACCCUAGAAAUAGCCCGCAAUCGACCAUUAUCUUCUUUCAUGACAGCUUCUCAAGUACUUAAACCCAAUCGGCAUUUAAACCUAAGAUUCGGUGUGAUUGUUUCCCGACCUUGUUUAUGUAGGAACUCGUUAUAACAGUGUGGAAAGCAAAGUAUAUUUUGAUAAGUUUCUUGAACGUUUUGUACUAGUUAUCUUUCGCACAACAUAUCAAACUAUGCUAUCAACACACAGUUUCUACAAUUUAUGUAAUGUAGAUAGUUUACAAAGACUUGAUGCCUACCCUGGUACUGUGGUACUAGUAUUAACGUGAUACGAUUUCUGAAUUAGGAAAAAUAUUGUUAGGAAAGUGAUUUGGUUAGAAGAAGAGUAAUCAAAAUUUAAAUCUAAAGAAAUGUUCAAAUGAAUCCAUUUAAUUUAUAUUCUGCUAUACAAUGACUCGUGCCAACAUAUAGUUUCUAUAUGACAAAUCACAUUUAUCAUUGCACAAUCAAAUAAAGUAUAUUAUAGUUAUAUGUAUUAAUUUUAUUGCAUGCUGUUGCAUCGGUAUUAUAUUUUAUUGUUAGUUUUACGUUCGUAACUGUUUAAAUAAAGACCGUCUGGACCACAAGAGGCUCCCGUUUUAUAAUAUAAUGACUGAAAAUUCUGAAAUUAUUAUUGUUGAAACUUGUAAAAUAGCAUUUUGCAAUAUCAUUCGCGACGUUGAAGUGAAAGUAUAUUUUUAUUUACUUGUAUUGUUACUGCUGUAUAGGUAUACAUGUAAAUAAUAUGGUUUACAGCUAUUAUCAAAGUGGUGUGUGAUAUUGCAGUCUAAUACAGGAUAUUUAUAUAUGUAUAAAUAAAGUUUCCCGUAAUAUUCACCUUGUAAAUAGAAUUUUAUUUAUUAAACUGAUUUUCCUGAAGAAAGCUUGAGUUUUAGUUCAUGACAAUUCAAAAUUGCUUAGGUUGUACUUUUUAGUUCUAGUCCCUUGAUAGGUGUAAGCUAAGUUCUGUGACAACGGUCGAUUUAUGUGAAAGUAUUAUGUGAUGUGGACUGUGUGAUUGGCCUUGAGAUGUCCUGUGCAGGCGACAGGCUCGUGUUUGUCUCUCUGUCGUCUGCACAGGACCGUUAUAUGUCACAUUAUCAAUUGUCUUGCUGUUUCACUUAUUGUUACACAUGCUUGUACCCAAAUAGCUUUGAUUUAGACGUGCGACUUGCCUCGCAACCGGCCCCCACACAUCCGUUACGGAACAUCUCAAAUAUUCGCUCCAAAGAACUCCAUUUUUUAAUUUACAAACUUUAAAUUAUAAGGAAAGACAAUAUUGUAAAGAGACAGUAAUAGUAAAUAUUUACAGAGAUUCUAAUGGGCACCAAAUGUAAAGAAAUUGAAGAUUUUAUUAUUAUUUUAAAUUAAAAAAUGGGGUGACAUAAUCUGUUUACUUGCAGAGCCUGUACAUAUGAGGAACAGUUAUGUCAUACGUUAGUGUGUAAGAAACCGACUCUGGUCACAGUUAGCGAGGUCGGAGGGCCGCCUAUAGUUUUAGUUUAGGAAAAAUAAAUGACCUUAUAGUGUAAUGAAUAAGAAAAUUUGUGUACACACUUGUCAAAUUUUAUCAAGUGUUUGUGAGAAGCGAGAAGAGAAGUUUUUGACUGUCUCCCAGCCCCGACUGACUGGAAAUGACUGUUUACAAGUAUGGGCGUAAGUUAGAGUGAAAUUUGACGAGUGUUACAAGUUCACGGACUGUACAUUUGUUAGUGUAAGUUUGUUAUCGAGUAACAUUUUUACUUGGAACCGUAAGCUCUACAAGACCGAGCUAGAUUCUAAGCAUUGUGUGCCUCUGUUAUAGACAAUUAGCUAUAGAAAGAAAUUGUUUAUAAAGAAUUAUACUUGUGACAUCUAUGUUCGUCAAAAUUUACAGAUUUAGGACAAAAAAAAAAAACAAAUUAAUGAGUGAUUUUUGAGCGUUAAUGAUAAGAUAGAUAUUAUUUAGUUUUGUAAGCUGCCUUUAUGCGAGAGUUGAUCAAUAUGGGAUAGCAUUUUUAUAUUUCUCGCAUGGGCAUUGUCGUUGGCAGUUACGGUGAUAUUACAUGCCAAUGGCUAGGUUUAUGUAUAGCGAUAUUACGCAACCUGACGCGUUCACGGAAAGUAACAUUGUAUCAUUGGUUACCAUAAGUAUAAAAUAAUAUUGGAAAUUAAUAUUUACAAUGAAGUA